AUGGUGGCUGAUUUAGAGAGGCUGAGGAAGGAGUGUUCCGAGAAGGACGAACGAAUCAACGACCAGGAAAUGCUCUUACGAACUCUCAAGGCCGAGAAACACCAAAUUAGCAAAGAUCUGGAGGAGAUGAGGAGGAUCUGUAGCGAAAUGAAGGAACAGAGAGAAGACAUUGGACAAAUGACAUUCAUAGGCAAAGGACUCUUUGCCUACAUGAAUGAUUUGAAUGAUGCUGCCUUCAAUGUCUUCUCAGAGGCCUUGGCCAAUGGUUCCUUCACCAAUGAAGAAUCGGCUCUGCUGCAUAUCCUUCGGGCUAAGGCUCUGGUGGCUUGUGGUCACCCUUCAGAUGACUUGGCCAUCAUAGCGGACUGUUGCAUGGCCAUCGACAAGGGUCUCGGCGGAUGGGAAGUGCACCAAAUUCGAGGGAAGCACCUCCUAAAACAAGAGCUCUUAGGGGCUGCCGUGGAAGACCUCGAAAUUGUCAACAGGCUUAAGAGAUCUGCAGAAACUCGGCAAGCACUGAAUGAGGCCAAGAAUAAGCUGAUGACAUGGGAAACCCAAAGCCACCACAAUGCUUUGGGUCUUCAACAAACUGCCACUAAUCCUCAAAUUUUAAAAGCCUACAAAAACCUGUCCAUGAAGUACCAUCCAGACAGGCACAGAGACAAACCUGAAGUUUUACAAAAGGCUUUUGAAGAAAAAUUUAAGCGUAUUACUAACGCAAAGACUGCUCUGAUGGAAAAUCAGCACCAGUGGCAGCAUGAGGCAAAGUUCCAACAAAACAACGGCUACAGUUAUCAUUAA